GAGGAUGAGACUCGGACACGCGCUUUUCCGCCGUUGCUGCUGGAGGGUAGUUCCUGCUCUGCGCUAGCUGUUUCCAGUAAUCGUGUUGGAGAGGGAGAAAGCCAUGUGUGUCGAUGUGAAGAACCUCCUUCUUCUUCAGUAGCCCAUCAGAGGAGUGUUUAAGGGCGGUGUGGUAUUCACUCAGAGAGCACAGAGGAAGGAGAGGGAGAAGUUUGUCUCUGGCUCAGUGCUCCUCAGUGCUCCUCAGUGCUCCUCAGUGCUCCUCAGUGCUCUCACACACACCUGAGGUUCACCUGGCCGAGGCUGAUGGAGGAGUGACCGCAGGGCCUGCUUCACCGCAUCAGCUGGAAUAUGGCAGAUCCCAUUAUGGACCUGUUUGAUGAUUCACCACUGUUUAACCUGGAUUCCCUGCCAGAAGAUACCUUUUCUCAGGGUUCCUCAGACCCAGUUGAGGAGGCUCUGAAGCUGGCCCUGGGCCAGGUGGAUCCCCCAUUAGACUCAGACUCAGCCCCAGACACCAGUGUCCCUGUCCUUAGUGACAAUGCCCAAGCGCCACUCACAGCCACCACCACCAUCUCUUCUGUUCCACCUAAAACACACCCAGUAAGCCAGGUGCCACUCUCACCCGCUGCUUCAGCCCCAGUUCCCAUUCAGACAGUACCCCAGACUUCUGUUCCCAUCGUCAGCAGUAGCAGUGGUUCCACCGCCGUUCUUCUGAGCUCCCCUUUGGCUGUGUCAGGGUCUCAAGUUGCUCCACAACAGCUGCAACCCCAACACCUUCUUACGCAACAGGCGGCAGGACAGGCAGCCCCAAAAAUAGUGAUUCUGAAGAGCCCUCAGGGUCAGGCCCAGGUACUGCAGAGCGUAGCAGGAGCUGCAGGCACUGCUGGGAAGCUCACCAUUGCACGAGUGGUGACAGGGACACCUGUAAGACCUGGAAUGUCCAUCGUCUCGGGAGGGACAGUAUUAAAUGCUACACAGUCUGCACAGGGACAGGUGAAGGUGGGGACAGGUGUCCAGAGGUUGGUACAGACGCCUAAUGGACCUGUGAAGCAGGUGCUGCUGACCUCUUUGCCCCAGACUCAUGUCCAGUUACCUGCGCAGACGCAGAUUACGCAGACAGAGAUGCCAAAGUUGCAGCUUCAGACGCAAGUCCAGCCAGCACAGGUGCCGAUACAGACACAGGUCCAAGAGCAGGUUGCUGGAAGUACAGCGGCAGCCCAAACGCAAGGUGUCACCCUGUCCACGGUAGCACAGCAGGCUGAGCCUAAGAGAAUCACACUGGUGCUGCAGCCGCCUUCUCAGGGUGGGACGAACCAGACCGGUGCAGUGACGGUUGGUGGCAAUCCAUCAGCAGGAGCUGGACAACAGGGUCAGCAGCCCAGGCUUGUAUUGGGCUCUCUCCCGGGGAAAUUAGUCCUUCAGGGUGGCCAGCUGGCAGCGCUUACCCAGGCUAGAGCAGGCCAGACCGGGGCACAACCAAAGGUGCUCACUAUCCAGCUUCAAGUACAGCAGCAGCCCAACCAGCAGGGAGCCAAGUUUCAGCUAGUUUCUGGUACCGCGAAUGCUAGUGGCUGCCACCAAGUCGUCCAGGUUUCUCAAGGCCAGGGAGCACAAAGACUGGCAGUGCCCGUUAAACUCCUGCUGCAGCAACAGACAAGCUCAGCUUCUUGUUCUGGUGGUGCAGUUUCGGUGGUGAAGGUCAUCAAUACCUCAGCUGGAUCUUCUGCCAGCUCCACACCUGCCUCGCAGGGUUUACGUAUCGUCAAGGCCACUGAGCCCUUGCGGAAAGUGGAGACUCUGUGUAAGCAGGAGAAGGCCAAUCGAAUUGUGGCUGAGGCCAUCGCUCGGGCUAAAGCCCGUGGCGAGCGGAACAUCCCACGGGUGCUCAGUCAGGAUGAAUUUCCUGCUAGACAGACUUCUAUUGACCAGGAUGGUGUUGCAAGUCCUACUGGGGCCAAGAAGAAAAGUGCAGGAGGGAGCAAGAAGAAGAGCCCUGCACUGGGUGCAGCCACUGUGAAAGCUGCAGUCGGAGAAAAGAAGGUUAAGGUGAAGAGUCCUGGAUCUGCAGUGGCUGGAGGAGGCGGAGGCUGUAAGAGUAAAGGGAAAACAAAGCCCAACACCAUCACUCUAGUAGGUGGUAAAAAAAGGAAAAGAAAUGCAUCUUCAGAUCAUUCAGAUGGAGAACUGAACACUCCUCUCACACAGGAAGAAAAUCUGUCUCAGAUGAGACGUUCUAAUCGUCAGGUGAAAAGGAAAAAGUACACAGAGGAUUUAGAUAUUAAAAUCACAGAUGAUGAAGAUGAGCCAGGUGAAGAUGUGGAUGUGACCACCCCAGCAGCCAUACUGUCUACAGCACAUUCUCAGUCUAUGGGGACUUCAUUCCAAGAGCUAGAAGGGGAUGGCCUUCCCAGCAUGCAGUUCUUCGUGGAAAACCCAAGUGAAGAAGAUGCAGCGAUUGUAGAUAAAGUUUUGUCUAUGCGCCUUACCAAAAAGGAGGUAUCUCCAGGCCAGUAUGCCAAUGUGGAGGAAUUCUUUGUCAAAUACAAAAACUACUCAUACUUGCACUGUGAAUGGGCCAGUCUGGAACAACUUGAGAGGGACAAGAGGAUCCACCAGAAGCUGAAGAGAUUUAAGGCUAAACAGUCUCAAAUGAGAACCUUCUUCCAAGAGGAUGAGGAGCCUUUCAAUUCGGAUUAUGUAGAGGUGGACCGCAUCCUGGAUGAAUCCCAUAGUGUGGACAAAGAAAAUGGAGAGCCGGUGGUGUACUACUUAGUGAAGUGGUGCUCUUUGCCCUAUGAGGAUGCCACGUGGGAGCUGAAAGAAGAUGUAGAUGAAGGGAAGGUGGAGGAGUUUAAAAGGAUCCAGAGUCGCCAACCCAGAAUCAAGAGACCUCCUCGCCCACCCGCAAGUGCAUGGAAGAAACUGGAGCAAUCACGAGAAUACCGUAGUGGAAACACUCUGAGAGAAUAUCAGCUAGAGGGCGUCAACUGGCUACUUUUCAACUGGUAUAACAGGCAGAAUUGCAUUCUGGCGGAUGAGAUGGGUCUUGGCAAGACCAUCCAAUCAAUAGCCCUACUGUCUGAAGUAUUUGCUACUGGAGUCCAGGGACCCUUUCUGAUAAUUGCCCCUCUCUCCACCAUCACGAAUUGGGAAAGAGAAUUUUCCACAUGGACAGAAAUGAACGCCAUUGUCUAUCAUGGCAGCCUGGCCAGCAGACAGAUGAUCCAGCAGUAUGAGAUGUACUGCAAAGAUGAUAAGGGGCACCUCAUUCCAGGAGCUUAUAAAUUUGAUGCUCUGAUCACCACCUUUGAGAUGAUUCUGUCGGACUGCCCAGAACUAAGGGAGAUCUAUUGGCGUUGUGUGAUCAUUGAUGAAGCACAUCGCCUGAAGAACAGAAACUGCAAACUGCUUGACAGUCUCAAGAUGCUGAAUUUGGAGCAUAAAGUGCUGUUAACAGGCACGCCUUUGCAGAAUACUGUGGAAGAGUUGUUCAGUCUAUUGCACUUCUUAGAACCUGCACAGUUCCCUUCGGAGACAGAGUUCCUGCGUGAAUUUGGCAAUCUCAAAACAGAGGAGCAGGUGCAGAAGUUGCAGGCUAUUCUGAAACCCAUGAUGCUACGCAGACUGAAGGAGGAUGUGGAAAAGAACUUGGCGCCAAAGCAGGAGACCAUUAUUGAGGUGGAGUUGACUGAUGUGCAGAAGAAGUACUACCGUGCUAUUCUAGAGCGUAACUUCAGCUUCUUGAGCAUGGGAGCUAAUCAGAACAGCAACGUCCCCAAUCUUCUUAACACCAUGAUGGAGCUCCGCAAAUGCUGCAACCACCCUUAUUUAAUCACAGGUGCUGAAGAGAAGAUAGUGGCUGAACUUAGGGAGGUGUACAAUGCCUCAGCUCCAGACUUCCACCUUCAGGCCUUGGUGCGCUCAGCAGGGAAACUGGUCCUUCUAGAUAAGUUGCUGCCUCGUCUCAAGGCUGGUGGACACAAAGUGCUUAUCUUUUCCCAGAUGGUGCGCUGUCUCGACAUUCUAGAAGAUUAUCUCAUCCACAAGAGAUAUCUCUAUGAACGCAUUGAUGGUCGAGUAAGAGGAAACCUUCGUCAGGCAGCCAUCGAUCGCUUCAGUAAGUCCGACUCUGACCGGUUUGUCUUUUUGCUGUGUACCCGGGCUGGAGGACUGGGCAUUAAUCUGACUGCUGCCGACACUUGUGUUAUAUUCGACUCUGACUGGAACCCACAGAAUGACCUUCAGGCCCAGGCACGUUGCCAUCGUAUUGGCCAGUCCAAGGCAGUAAAGGUCUAUCGUCUCAUCACCAGAAACUCCUAUGAACGGGAGAUGUUGGACAAAGCUAGUUUGAAGUUGGGACUGGAUAGGGCUGUGCUUCAAAGCAUGAGCAGCAAUAAAGAUAAUAAUGUCAAUGGGGUUCACCAGUUCACCAAGAAGGAGAUUGAAGAUUUGCUACGAAAAGGAGCUUAUGCUGCUAUUAUGGAUGAGAAUGAUGAGGGCAACCGUUUCUGUGAAGAAGACAUUGACCAGAUCCUUCAGAGGAGAGCCACCACUAUCACCAUUGAGAGUGAGGGCAAGGGAUCCACCUUUUCUAAGGCCAGCUUUGUGGCAUCUGAAAAUAGGACUGACAUUGCUCUGGACGACCCAGAAUUUUGGCAGAAGUGGGCCCAGAAAGCGGACAUUGACUUGGACACCAUAAACAGGAAGAAUACUCUUGUGAUUGAUACUCCACGUGUACGAAAGCAGACACGACAGUACUCGUCUCUUCGUGGGGAAAGUGGUGAUCUUUCAGACUUAGACAGUGAUGAGGAGUAUCCACCCCAAAACUCUCGGCAGGCCCGAGCCUCACGCCGCGCUGACCGUCACUCUGGUGGUGGCUACGGCCGCACUGACUGUUUCAGAGUGGAGAAACACCUGCUAAUUUAUGGCUGGGGACGUUGGCACGAUAUCCUGUCCCAUGCUAGGUGUAAGCGUCGUCUUGGGGAAAAGGACGUGGAGACCAUCUGCAGGGUCAUCCUAGUCUUCUGUCUGCUACAUUACCGUGGAGAUGAAAACAUCAAAAGCUUCAUAUGGGAGCUCAUCACUCCUCCAGAGAAUGGCCAGGAACCAAACACACUCCUCAACCACUCUGGUCUGUCCAUCCCUGUGCCUCGUGGACGAAAAGGGAAAAGAGUCAAGGCUCAGAGCUCUUUUGAUGUGCAAAAGGCAGAGUGGAUCCGCAAGUAUAACCCAGAUACACUUUUGUUGGAUGACAGCUAUCGCAAGCACCUCAAACACCAGUGUAACAAGGUGUUGCUGCGAGUACGUAUGCUGUACUACUUGAAACAGGAAGUUAUUGGAGAACACGUGAAUUCUAUACUUGAAGGCGCUGACAGCAGGGAUAUUGACAUUUGGCUGCCUGAGAUGGAACAGCAGGAUGUUCCAUCAGGCUGGUGGGAUGCAGAGGCUGAUCGUUGUUUGCUUAUCGGAGUGUUCAAACAUGGAUACGAGAUGUAUACUACAAUGCGUGCCGAUCCCUGUUUGUGUUUCCUGGAGAGAUGUGGCCGCCCCGAUGACCAGGACAUAAAGGCUGAACAGCACUCAGCAGAUCCAGAUUUGAGAGAUGGAGGUGCCUAUGACAAGUUUUCAGAGGAUCCAGAGUUCAAGCCUGUAAUAAGACACAGCAAAGAAAUGUAUGAAGAGACUGACCCCAGGAACAUGGAUGAGUUCUUUGUGGAGGAUCACUCCACAUAUUCCACUGCUGUGCCAAUUGAGGCACAAUCCUCAGGAUCUAUGGGGAACUGCUACUGGCCUACAAGCUCCUCCCUCACAGCUCGACUACGGCGGCUAAUCACAGCGUACCAGCGCAGCUACAGACGAGAACAACUCAAGAUCGAGGCAGCAGAAAAAGGAGAUCGACGACGCCGGCGCUGUGAACAGGCCACCAAACUCAAAGAGCUUGCACGACAAGAGCGACAGCAAAGGUGGACUCGUAGAGAAGAGUGCGACUUUUAUCGGGUGGUGUCCACAUUUGGUGUGGAACGCAUAAAGACUGAGGUGGGAACCCAAGAGGGUAGAGAGGCCAGACUGGACUGGACACGUUUCCGCACAUUUGCAAGACUAGACAAGAAAACUGAUGAGAGUCUUACCCGAUACUUCCAUCGCUUUAUGGCUAUGUGUCGCAGGGUCUGUCACUUGCAGCCUGCCCGUGGAGAGGAAUCUCCAGAUUUGUCCCACUCUCUAGCACCCAUCACCGAGGAGCGAGCCUCACGAACACUGUACCGAAUAAGCCUGUUGACCCGCCUACGUGAGCUCGUCCUUCCUCAUCUCUCCCUAGAGGAGCGCCUUGCCCUGGCACCACCCAGCUCUGACCUGCCCAACUGGUGGCGUACCCCACAGCAUGAUCAUGAACUGCUCCUAGGUGCUGCCAGCUGUGGCGUAAGCCGCACAGAGCAUUACAUAUUCUCAGACUCUCAGUUCUCGUUUAUCCAAGCCCAUCAUGAGUAUGUGCAAAAGCAGCAAGCAUGCCUUGCUGCACAAACCCUCACACACAGCCCACCACAGCAGGGAGACAAUGUUAGAGAAGUAAAAAUUGGUGAUAAAAACCAAGUUUUGGCAUCGAUUUGCUCAUCAGCCCUUCCAGCCAUACCAUUCUCUCACUCUGAAGGCAAAAGGAGAGAACAAGUAGGCUGGUCCUGGAAUAAAAUCAGCGGCGGGGGACCCAGAGGGGGUGAAAGGAAACAAGGGGAGACAGAUGGAGGGCCUUCAGACUCUGAUUCUGAUUCUGAUUCUGAAUCAUCUACCUCUUCCCAUCGCUCUCCUAGUUCAGAUGUCAGUGGGGACAGUGAUGCAGAGCGAGAUGAGCAGGAACCACUGAAGAUCUGUGAUGCAGAUGAAGAGAAUAGCACCCUUUCAUUCACUCCGUCCCAAGAUGGCGCUCCACCAGAAACGCUCACUGACCCACUCAGAGUUGACUGGCCUAAGGAUCGUGUAUUAAUAAACCGAAUAGAUAACCUUUGUACUCUGGUUCUGACGGGACACUGGCCAUCUGGGCGACGAUAUACCUCAGAUCCUCAGCUUACUCUGGGUUACGAUGAGCAGGGGCUUGGAGAUGACCUAGGCUACACGCGUAUAUCCCGCAAAGGCAACAGUACUCUCUCUGGAGAGGAUGGAGAAGAAACAGAGUUUACUGUCAAACUCUUGAAAGAGGAAGGGCUGAAAUUGACCUUCUCCAAACAGGCUCUAAUACCUAAUGGGUCAGCAAGAGAGACAAGUGGACGGCGAAGGCGCAGAGAUCAAGAGUCAUCAGAUACAGAGGGAGUACUCUGUGCCCCUCGUAAAAGGGACCUGCCCAACUGGCUCAAAGAAAAUCCUGAAUAUGAAGUUGAGGGUGACAUGCUAGAGCUGCUGGUGAACAGGACCAAAAGGAAAAGGAGAAAGAAGAGAGCAGAAAAGGAACAAGCCCCAACUGGCAGUGAAAGAGUUAAGAUUAUAGACAUGAAGACUGGCAAGAAGGUUCAGUAUGGUGGGGUGUAUGGACCUGCAUUGCAGGACCUAAAGGAGUAUCUUGAAGAGAAUCCUGACCAUGCAGUAGCACCAGAAUGGGCAGACACCGUUCGCAACUCGGGCUUCCUGCCAGAACAUUUCUUCCACCGACUGCUGACUCUGCACACCUCGAUCUCCAGACAGAGCCACAAUUACCUCACCAACCCUUCAGCCCAAACUGGCCCUCAUCUGGAGGCAGGUGAAAAUGAGACACUGGUUUCUGAUGGGGCUUACAUCAUGGACGAUGAAGAUCUGGACAGUAGUGCUCUUACUACUUCUCACCACUUCCUGACUUCUACAUAUGAUGCUAAGAUGGAGGCUGGUUCUCUUGACAUGGACAAAGGAGAUGCUUUGUCACCGAUUGGAUAUGAUAGCUCUGAUAGGGAAGCUAUAUUGGAUGAUGUGAUUAUGGCACCUAAAAAUUCAGAUUUUUCCUCAUGCUCAGAAGAUUGACCAGGUCUCAUUCACCUGAGAUUAUGAAAUUCUUUUAUUGUGUCUACCCCUACACUUUAUACUUUUUUUCUUGCUGCUUAUAAGAAAUUAUGUUUGGUUUUUUUUUCUCUCUCUCUCUUCAGUUUUGUCUUAGUUUUAUGGCGGCAUUAUCAUAUAAUUUAACAUGUAUGAUUGGCCCAUUAUGCAGACUCUAAUCCCAAUAAACUGUAUGUACUCCUUGUCUGUUAAACUGUUGUUCAGCAUUCCCUUCAUGUUCUGUGGCUGUGGGGAACCUCUGGCUGGACUGUCUGUGGAAUGGAUUGCUGAAGGGUUCAUAUUUAUAUUUUGAGCUGAGCCAUGGUGGUACCUCAGUCUAUUUUAACUGUGCCUAUGUCACAAAGAACAUGGCUUUAAUUUUUUCCAGUGAAUACUGCAACCAAGACUUUUUGGUGUAUUGUACAAUGUAUAGUUGGUAAUAUUAAUGCAAAGAUUUUGUUCAUUUUUGUUUGAUGAAUUGACUCCAACUGUCUGAUGUAAACAUGAAUAACAAUCUACCAUGAAA